UCUUCACCUUGCUCGACAGACGAAGACAAAAUGGCAGCCAAUUCAGCUAAAAGAAAACAGGGUGAAAAUUUUGCCAUAGUUCCUUCCAAGAGACAGAAACAAAAUGAGUUGGCUAUCAGAAACCAACAACAAAGUAUUAUUCAAGGGGGUCCACCCAGAUCCAGCUCAUUAUUUGCACCUGUCAUGUUAUUGUCUGGCCAUGAGAGUGAGAUCUUCACAACAGCAUUUCAUCCUGACGGGGAGACUCUAGCAUCAGCAGGAUUUGAUCGAUUAAUUUAUUUAUGGAAUGUUUAUGAUGAGUGUGAAAAUUUUGCUGUGUUGAAAGGACAUACUGGAGCAAUUAUGGAACUUCAAUUUAAUAUUGAUGGAAGUACAAUGUUCACAGCAUCAACAGACAAGACAGUUUGUUGCUGGGAUUAUGAAACAGGGUGCAGAAUCAAGAAACUGAAAGGACAUCAAUCAUUUGUGAACUCUUGCUGUCCAUCAAGACGGGGCAAUCAGAUGAUUGUCAGUGGUUCAGAUGACAGCACCAUAAAACUGUGGGACAUACGAAAGAGAGGAGCUGUUCAGACCUUCCAAGAUAUUUAUCAAGUGACAGCAGUGUGCUUCAAUGAUACUGCAGAUCAAAUUUUGUCAGGUGGAAUUGACAAUGAAGUGAAGGUUUGGGAUUUACGUAAAAAUGAUAUUCUCUACACAAUGCCCGGACAUACAGACACAGUCUCUGGUUUCAAACUCAGUCCAGAUGGUUCAUUCCUACUGUCGAAUGCCAUGGAUAACACAGUUCGUAUAUGGGAUGUGCGACCGUAUGCCCCGGUAGAAAGAUGUGUAAAGGUGUUCAUGGGAGCUCAACAUAAUUUCGAAAAGAAUUUGAUAAAGUGCUCUUGGUCUCCCGAUGGAAAAAUGAUUGCCGCCGGGUCGGCUGACAGGUUUGUGUAUGUUUGGGACACUCAAUCUCGACGGAUUUUGUACAAGCUGCCAGGUCACGAUGGUUCUGUCAAUGAUGUCGAUUUUCAUCCAAAAGAACCAAUAUUAUUGUCAGUGGGUAGUGACAGGAAAGUCUAUCUCGGAGAACUGCACUUGAGAUAACGGAUGGGAGGAUUGGAAUAAAGACUAAAGAGUUUUCAUUAAGGUCAGAAACGGGAGGGAGAAAUCUUUCUCAAACACGUAAAACACCACGGCAAAGAUCAGUAACAUGCAUGGUUUUUCUCGAGGAUUUGUAAUGCAAAAUCAAUCGUGGUUGACGAUAAUAUAGAAACCAGAUCUCAAGUUUUGAGAUUAGGUGAUUAUCUGCUUCGCUUCAUUUGUGAUAUCACGUGGAAAUAGCUGACUUAAAAUGCAAGGCUAGUUAUGCAUCAUUAACAUCGCUUUGAGAGUUUCAACCGCGAUGUUUAUUGUAAAUAGGUGUCAUUAGCUUACUAUUUUCUACAGCACUGGUCAAACUUUUAACAAGAAAAACACACAUUUUAUGAUUCUGAUCGGACAACCUCGAAUUCUUUGGAAUAUGUUGCGUUUUCAUUUUCCCAAUUUAUUUCAUAAAACAUUGUCGAAAACCUUGCAAUUUUCAUUGCAAAGUAAUACUGCAAUGGCGCCCAGUACUAGGUCGGUCCAGAUAUUUUCUGUUCGCAUUAUUUUCAGGUGCAAAUUCUUGGUGUUUGUGUCAGGAAAGUUCAGCCAUCUCAGGUUAAAAUAGCCCCAGAUCAUAUCGAACACAGUUUUUCUUUGCCAAUGUCAACAUUUAUUACACCUCGGAUUAAUAUACGUUAGUAUAGUGUGUUAGUAUAGUGAAGUAUUAUUUUAUGGAUGUAUUGUGUACAUCUCCUAUAUACAUAUACGUGCAGUUAUAAGACAUGCCUUAAUACAUUGCAAAGACUUAAGUCAGUAGUGUUUCAGCAGAAUUUUAGACCAAGGUGAGCUCCAAGUGCAUGAAAUAUGAUAUAUCCUGCUCACAAUUAGGUACAUCACUGAAUUUAACCCUUGUUGAUCACACCUAGAGAGGGACACACUUCUUUGUGUCCCCUGGUAUGAAUCCACCACUGACUAAAGUACCAUGCAGUUAGUACCUCAAACGUGCCUUUGAGAGAUUUUAUAAUAUGCAGUAUCUUUGAUUAGUUUCAACUAGAAUCUGAAUUUACAUACAAUACCAGCAGUUUAUCGCUUUAUACUUGCUUGUUUUUAAAUACAUAUGAAACCUUAUAUAGCAUACAGCCA